AUGUUAUCAAUAAUUAUACAGUAUAAUUAUAAGGAAGAAAAUGAAAAAUGUGAUAUUGAGAAAAUACGGAACAUCGGUAUUCUGGCGCACAUAGAUGCUGGCAAAACAACAACAACAGAGCGUAUGUUAUAUUAUUCAGGCACUGUAAAACAAAUGGGAGAGGUACAUGACGGAAAUACUGUUACUGAUUAUAUGGAUCAAGAACGUCAACGGGGAAUAACGAUCUGUUCUGCAGCAGUUUCAUUUAAUUGGAAAACUUUUCGAUUUAAUUUACUAGAUACUCCGGGCCAUAUUGAUUUUACUAUGGCUGUUGAGCAACCCCUUACUGUGGUAGAUGGAGUUAUUAUUAUUCUUGAUGGUAGUGCUGGAGUUGAAGCACAAACAAGUACUGUUUGGCGACAAGCUGAUAGAUAUAAUAUACCAAGAAUUGUUUAUGUAAAUAAAAUGGAUAAAGCAAAUGCAAAUUUUGAAAUGUGUUUAAAAUCUUUGGAAGCAAAGCUAAAUGUGACUAUAUUUCCAGUACAUAUACCAUUUACAAAUGAAAAAGGUUUUGCAGGAAUUAUUGAUCUUAUUACUCUUGAAAAGUAUGUCUUUGAUUCCAAAACCCAAGGAAAAACGAUAACAAAAUUGCACCUCAGUGAAAAUCAAAAUCCAGAUUUAUUACAAAAAGCAUUAGAAAAACGUAGAAAUCUCAUAGACAAGUUGAGUGAUUUUGAUAAUAAUCUUGCCAAUAUAAUUAUUGAGCAAGAAUCAUUAGAUAACAUUUCAUCACAAAUUUUAGUAGAUUCUUUACGUAAAGCUACAAUAUUAAGAAAAGGAGUGCCUGUAUUAUUAGGUAGUUCAUAUAAAAAUAUUGGAGUUCAAAAUUUAAUGAAUGGAGUUGUAUUGUAUUUACCUAAUCCAAUUAUUAAUAAGAGUAGAAGUCUUUACAAAUGUUUUAAUGAUGAAUUGUUAGCUAAAGUAUUUAAAAUUAUUCAUGACAAACAAAAAGGUCCUAUUUAUUUUUUUAGAGUUUAUUCAGGAACUUUGAAAAGAAAGCAAUCAAUUUAUAAUAUACAAAAGGAAAAAAUGGAGAAUUGUAUUAAAUUAUAUAAUGUUUAUGCAGAUAAUUAUGAAGAAACGUUAGAAAUUACAUCAGGAAAUAUUGGUGCUUUAACUGGCUUCAAAAUUACCGAAAUAGGUAACUUAUUAACGAGUAGUGUUAUUAGUGUUAAUAAUGCUAAAGAAAAUAUGGUAAAAAAUUUCUAUAAUAACGAAGAGAUUGAGAAACUAUUUUCUGUUAAAAGAAACAUACCAGAUCCAGUUUUUUUUUGUUCAAUAGAAGCACCAUCUAAUAUGUAUAUGCCUGCUUUAGAAAUAGCUCUACAAGAAUUAACAAAAGAAGAUCCUAGUUUACGGGUAACUCAUAAUUCUGAAACUGAUCAAAUAAUUAUGUCAGGUAUGGGUGAACUACAUAUUGAAAUAAUCAAGGAAAGAAUUCAUAGUGAAUAUAAAAUUAAUGCAGACAUAGGAGAAUUACAGAUUGCAUAUAAAGAAACUAUCACUAAUUCAAUUGAAGAUACAUAUAUUCUUAAUCAUGAAAUUAAUCUAGUGAAGCAAGAAGUAUUAGUAGGCCUUUCACUUAUUCCAAAUCAUUACAGUAAUAAUAAAUUACUUUUAAAUCAUUCAAAAGAAAACGAAAAAAAUACAUCAAUAUUAAAUAUAACUCUUAUAAAUUUAGUUAAAAAAGGAAUUUUAUCUGCUUUAAUGAGAGGACCAAAAUUAGGUUAUCCAGUUCUAAAUACUGGUGUAAAACUAAAUCAGUUACAAGUUAGAAAAGGAACUUCAAACUCAGUUGUAAUUGCUGCUGUUGCUCAAGGUGUAAAAAAACUAAUGCAGAAGAGUGAUUGUAUUUUAUUAGAACCAAUCAUGAAUGUAGAAAUAAUAGCAUUGAAUGAAAUGUCUUUGAAGAUUAAAGCAGAUUUAUUUAAAAGAAGAGCAGAAAUUAAAGGCACAGAAAUAAAGAAUAAUAUUAAAAUAAUUCAUUGUUCUAUUCCAUUAGCAGAAUUACUAGGAUAUUCGAAUCAACUUAGAAAAAUAACAUCUGGAACUGCUACAUUUUCAAUGGAAUUUAGUCAUUACCAGGAAAUGAAUUUAAUUGAAGAAGAAAAUGCUAUAAGGAAAAUAACUGGAAUGCGUUAAGGAAUGAAAGUUAUAAUUUUAUUGAAUAGAAAUGUUC